GAAAAACAUGUCGCGAGGGCGAUUUUGCAAAAAAAACCUCUAAUUUCUCCCGACCAAACCCGCGCUCCCUCGUCGUCCUCCUCCGACAGAAGCCGCAUCUGCGCUGCUCCCCGCCGCCGCAGCUGCGCUGCUCCCCGCCGCUGCAGCUGCCCUGCUCCCCGCGAACGCAGCUCCCUGCUCCCCCGCUCCGUCGCCACAGCUGCCUCCUGCUCCGCCGCCGCACCUGCCCCUCGCCUGCCUCCCCAAGCUCCCCCUUCCUCAUAAAAAUCUUCGAUUUCCCCGGCUACCGCCGCGCUCUGCUCCGGCUGCGUAGGAACCGGCGUUAGUGAGCCCGGAGGCAUUGGAUCCUGACCAUCACCAACAAUCUAAAGGUCGAUGAGGCCGACGAGCCCCAUGGCGACAGGAGAUGCAACAAGGUAAACGUCGAUGAGCCUAACGACGACAGCAACCUAAAGCUUGUGGAUUUGCGAGUGUUGAAGACGGCGACGACAACUCCACUAGGAAUACGACCGCGGCGGCUUCUUCUUCGUUGUUUCUCUGGUGGAAGACCCGCGCCUGCGACACCGCGGCAGCAGCGGCGGCUGUCAAGUGGGUCGUCCCUGCUCACUUGGCAGCAGCGGCGGCGGCUACAAAUCUUCUCCAGCCUGGGUCAUCUCCGUCACCAACGCCUACAGCCUGGGGUGCAGAGUAGAGCAACAGCAGCACGGGCAGGGUCAAGGAGCAGCAGCACAGGCAGCUCAGUGGAGCAGCAGCAGCACGGGCAGGGUCAGUGGAGCAGCAGCAGUACGGGCAGGGUCAGGGGAGCAGCAGCAGCACGGGCAGAAACCACCGGCGACAGGGGAGAAGCAGCCGCACGGGUGCGUGGGCAGGGGAGAAGGAGCAGCACGGGUGCGCGGGCGUGGGAGAUCGACGAGGUCGCGCUGGAGAUUGAGUAUCACGUGCGCGUGCUCCUGGUCCACCGGAUCGUGGAGGCAGCCUCCGGCGACGCCGGUAGGAGAUCACGGCAGCGCACGCGCCGGAGCUCGAGGAGGACGCGCGGGAGCACGAGGAGGACGUGCGCGGGCUUGAGGAGGAUGCGGGCGAGCUCGAGGAGGAACGCGCACGGCCUCGAGGAAGACGUAGUGGGAGAUUCCGGCGAUGCCCGCGGGUAAUCGCAGCGGGAGGGUACCGCGGCGGCGCAGAUCUGGGCUGCAGCGGUGGAGGAGGUAACUGCCGAUGGCGGCGAGAGCAUGUACUUGGCGACGGCGGAGGAGCUCAGCUGGGCUCGCCAGCCCCUGGCGAAUCACGCAGCUGCGGCGCCGGCCCCUGGCGACGUGCAGGCGACGGACGGAGGAAGAAGACGGGGUGGAGGGACUUGUUUGAAACGCUUUUCAAACCACGAGGGGUUUUUUGCAAAAUUAUCAGUUAACUACGCCCACGACAUGUUUUUCGGGACGGAGGGAGUACUAUAUUUGUAUUUAUGACAAGUUUCUCUUUUUUUCUAGGUCACCUCUCGGGCACGAUGAGUCGUUUUCUUUACUCUUUUAUAAAAACAUGAAACCAGUUGACGCGCAAAAUUUGGGCGUGGCCAACUUGCCAUUAGCUGCAGGCGACCAUGUACCAGUAUACAUGUAGAACAAUAGUACUAUAAAUUUCGUAGAGUCUACGCUCGUAGUCGUACUCCAUUAACUUCAUCUCCUCUCCCGUCGACUGGCCCGAGCUUCCCAGGGCGAGGAGCGACGAUGAAGCUGCUCUGCGUCCUCGCGGCGGUCCUCGCCCUCGCGUCCGUGGAGCCCGCCGUCUCGUCCCCCCGGCGCUACGACUCCAUCAUCACCUUCGGCGACUCCUUCACCGACACCGGGAACGCUGUCGUCGUCCUGGCGGAGAAAUCGCGGUUCGACCUGACGGUGCAGCCUCCCUACGGCAUGACCUUCUUCGGCCGCCCCACGGGCCGCUACUCCAACGGCCGCCUCAUCAUCGACUUCAUCGCUGAGAAGCUCGGUCUGCCGUUUCUCCCGCCGUACCUCUCGCACAACGGCAGCUUCAGCGAGGGCGUCAACUUCGCCGUGGCGGGCGCCACCGCUCUCAACGCCAGUUUCUUCAGGGACAUCCCGCUUGUAGGCUCGUUUGUUCUCAACACCAGCUCCAGCGUGCAGCUGGGGUGGUUCCAGUCGCUCAAGCCGUCGCUGUGCACGCCCAAGUGCCCGGGCUUCUUCCACAGGACGCUCUUUUUCAUGGGCGAAAUCGGCCUCAACGACUACAGCUUCGCUGUCUUCGGAAUGACCCUGCCACAGCUCAGAUCCAUCGUCCCCGACGUCGUCAAAACCAUCGCCGCGGCCACUGAGGCGCUACUCGGGCAGGGGGCGAAGACCGUGGUGGUCCCCGGGAUCCCGCCGCUGGGAUGCAUGCCGCCGAAUCUGGUCUUCUUCCCCAGUAACGAGACGGCAGGCUACGAGUCCAGCACCGGAUGCCUGAAAGGCCUCAACGAGAUAGCCAGGCACCACAACUCGGAGCUGCGGAAGGCCCUCGACACGGUCCGGGGAAACCACCCAGAUGCCCGGGUCAUCUACGCCGAUUUCUUCACCCCCGUCAUCGAGAUGGUGGAGUCUCCCUACAAAUUUGGGCUUACCACGGAUGUUCUGAGUUGUUGCUGCGGUGGAGGUGGCAAGUACAACUUCAACAUAAGCGCCGGUUGCGGUAUGCCAGGCGCCACGGUGUGCCAGGACCCGUCUCAAUAUCUCUACUGGGACGGCCAUUUCACCGAGGCAGCCCACCGCUAUAUUGCCAAAGGCUGGCUAAACAGCAUAAACAGUUGCAAACCCUGGUAGUAAUUGGAUGCUACGCGGAUUUGUAUACUUAUUACAACUUUUACUGAUCACCGAUAUACACGAGUCACCGAUACACAGGCUUGCCAAUUCGUCACGAGGUUUUCUAUGUAUUCAUUAUGGUUGUGGUUUCAUUCAUGUUUUCCCGAAAACGUGCCGACAUUUACAUCUGUUAAUGUGCCCAACCAUCUUUUCUUUUGU